AUGAAUAAUAAAAAUUUUCUAAAGAUAUUAUUGUUUUUAAUUUCAUCGUUGUUAAUUUAUUAUGUAAAUGCUGCUACCAUUAAUACUAUUAAUUUAAAAGAAAUUUAUAAAUUACAACAUAAUGAAUUUUAUGAAGAAUUAAAAAUUCGUAAUAUUUCCAUAAAAGUUCGUCAUGAAUUUGUUGAUUUGAUAAAUGCAAUAAGUUUUGAAGUUGAACAUUUAAAUCAUCUUGAAAUUAUUAAAGAUUUACCUAAUGUUGAUUCUGUUGAACCCAUAAUGAUACAUCAAGGCCCAAAAUUCAUAAAUAAAUCAAUCAAUCAAAAUAAUGGUUUAAACAAACGUGAUUGGAUUUCACAUGCACCUUUAAUAUUAUCAUCAAAAAUAGAUCUUAAUACGCCUCAUCAUAUGACAGGUGUUGAUUGGGUUCAUAAACAUCUCGAUGUUACUGGAAGAGGAGUAAGAGUUGGUGUUAUUGAUACUGGAAUUGAUUAUAGACAUCCAGCAUUUGGAGGAUGUUUUGGUCCAGGAUGUAUUAUCGGUGCCUUGGAUGAUGCAAGUGGACUUGUAGGUGUUGCUCCUGAUGUAACAUUUGGAGCAUAUAGAGCAAUGGAUUGUUCUGGUCAAGGUUCAGAUGAUGCACUUAUAAAAGCAUUGGAGCAAGCUUCACGAGAUAAUAUGGAUAUUGUAAAUUUGUCUUUGGGAGGAAAUUUCUGGGCAUCAACACCAUUAUCAGACUCAAUAGGAAAAAUGAUAGAAUCAGGCGUUGUAGUGGCUGUAGCCGACGGUAAUAGUGGCCUUGAUGGUCUUUGGAAAACAAUAUCUUCAGCAUUUGGAUAUAAAUCAUUAUCGGUCGCUUCUGUUGAAAAUAGUCAUUUUUUGGGUUUUAAAGCACAUGAUAUAAAUGACAAUGAUUGUUCUCUAGAAUAUUUAACAGUAACAGCAAGGGCUUUACCAUUUGAUAAAGGAGAGGUUGUCAUGUUUCCGAAACAUUCAUGUCCUGAAGAUUUGUCAGUAUAUCAUAAUAAAAUACUAUAUCUUGAUUUAUCUUCCAAUAGCACAUCGAAGAAAGAUUGCCCUCCUCUUCCGCCAGAAUUUGUUGAUAAAUUAUUAGCAUUGAUAAUAUCAAAAGUUGAUUUAUUUGAUCCAAUUUUAGCAAAUUUCGACAUCAAAAGUUUAAAAUUACCAAUGGCUACGAUAUUAUCACGACAAGCAAAUAAAUUAGUAGAAAGAUUGAAAAAAAAUCCGGGUGGUUUAGAAUUUGAUUUUUCUGAUAAACGUGGUUAUAUGAUUCAAAGUCAUGUUGGUGGAACUGUAUCCUAUUUUUCAUCUUGGGGAUUAACACCUUAUCUAGACAUCAAGGAAAUAGCAGCUCCAGGUGGAAUUAUUUUUUCAACAUUUCCAAUAAAUCUUGGUAGUUAUGCAAAUUUAAUGGGAACGAGUAUGGCAACACCAUAUAUAUCUGGUGUAGCAGCUUUAAUAAGACAGGCCAAUAAAAUAGAAAAAAAUUCUCACCGUUUUAUUCAAAAGGCUUUAAUGAAUUAUGCGAUACCAGUUCACGAUCAAAUAUUCAAAAUAGUCCCACCAGUUUUAAGACAAGGUGCUGGAUUAGUAAAUGUUUAUAAUUCAAUUAGAGCUAUGGCGUUUGUUCAUCCAUUCAAACUUGCUUUAAAUGAUACAGUCAAUGGUAAAAAAGAUGGUUAUUAUGACCUUAGCAUUGAAAACUAUUGUGAUAAACAUUUGGAAUAUCGUUUAGUUCAUAUGCCAGCUGUUUCAGUAAAUGGUUAUGAUGGAGAGAAACAGUUAUUACUACAGGAAUUGAAAUAUCGUAGAGAAUAUGCAGUUGUAAAUUUUAAACGGGUGUUUAUUAAAAUUGAACCUUUUGGAAAAGAAAAAAUAACAUUAAAAAUAACACCACCAAAAGAUUUACCGUCAUCUGAACAUUGGUUUUAUAGUGGAUUUAUAAAAUUUGUUCCUGUAGAUAGCGAUGAUCCAAUUAUUUCUGUUCCAUAUGGUGCCGCAAAAACGUUACCAAUAUUUGCAAAACCAGAUUAUCCACAACUUUACUACGACUCUAAAUCAUUAUAUUUUCCCAAUGAAACAGCCACUUAUGGAAUGAAAAAUAAAACAGAUGCUCCAAUUAUAUUAAUAUCAUUAUCAACACCAACAAAAUUAUUACUUGUACAGGUACUAGAUGAAAAUCAAAAAUUGUUAGGUUUUGUACCUGGUAAAGGUGUCGGUGGGCUUUUAGCCGGAUAUAAUGAGUAUCUUACAAAAACUGGUUCACAUAAAUUUUUAAUAUUACUUUGGGCUGGCUCAAAAAAUAAUGCUACUAAUAGUGAUGAAGAUCCAGAAAUUUUACCAAACGGUGCUUAUCAUUUGAGAAUUCGUGCUUUAAGAUUGUUGGGUGACAUUGAUAAAGAAGAAGAUUGGGAAGUUUGGGUUUCUCCUAAGCUUAUUAUUCAAAGAGAAUAA